AUGGAGAAGGAGAGGGAGAAGAGGAGGUAUUCAGGUAAAGCUCAGGCUUUACUGGCGGCGUGGUUUGGCUGGUAUGUCAGAGGCUUUGAUGCUGAAUGGGUUUCUCAUCCAGCUAUUCACUUCUGCUGUCGCUGGGAAAUAUUCACUGAAAUGCUGUCUGAGAGAGACAAGGUACGCAACGAUGUUGUCUCUGACUCCAUCGGUGAAGCUGUGCCCAUCAUAUUAGCUGGAUCUGGAUCAACUCGAUGUUCUGGAAGAGUUGAAAUUAAUCUCAAUAACAGUUGGGGAACAGUCUGUAAUGAUGGCUGGGACUUAAAUGAUGCUGAGGUAGUUUGCAGACAGUUAAGCUGUGGGUCGGCACUGGAAGUUCCUCAAUCAGCUCACUUUGGUGCAGGAACUGGACAGAUUUGGCUUGAUAAUGUGAUGUGUUCAGGAAAUGAAAGUUCUCUAACUGAGUGUCAACACAGUGGAUUUGGAUCAAACAGAUGUGAACAUGGUCAGGAUGCUGCUGUCAUCUGUUCAGGUCUACUUAGAUUAGCUGGAUCUGGAUCAACACGAUGUGCUGGUAGAGUUGAAAUUUAUCAUAAUAACAUCUGGGGAACAGUCUGUGAUGAUAGCUGGGACUUAAAUGAUGCUGAGGUGGUUUGCAGACAGUUAAAGUGUGGGACAGCACUACAGGCUCCUCAGUUUGCCUACUUCGGUGCUGGAACUGGACAGAUUUGGCUUGAUGAUAUGAUGUGUUCCGGAAAUGAAAGUUCUCUAACUGAAUGCCAACACAUUGGAUUUGGAACACACAAUUGUGGACAUUAUGAAGAUGCUGGUGUCAUCUGUUCAGGUCUGUUCAAAUUAAGUGGACCGCAUCCAUGCUCUGGCAGAGUGGAACUUUAUCACAAUAACAGCUGGGGAACAGUCUGUGAUUAUGGCUGGGAUUUAAAUGAUGCUGAGGUGGUUUGCAGACAGUUAAACUGUGGGAUGGCACUGGAAGUUCCUCAAUCAGCUGACUUUGGUGCAGGAACUGGACAGAUCUGGCUUGACAAUGUGACCUGUUCAGGAAAUGAAAAUUCUCUAACUGAGUGUCAACUGUGA